UUGGCUCGAGCUCAUGAAGUUCCUCAUCCAGUAGCGGAUCAUUGGGCGAAAGAAAAUCCCUCGCCCUCUCUUCGUAAGCUGCGCUGGGAUGCGCCUUUGGGUUCUCCUGGCGCUCGGUGCGCCUUUGGCAGAUGGGGUCAGCUUGAAAGGCAGCCUAUGGGGCGGCGCCCGGCUGAGCGCCGGCGUGGACUACUUCAACCCCACCUUUGCAGCCCCGCAGCUGACGCCGAAGCAGUUUCUCAUCAUCUCCAGCACAUCGGAGAAAAAGAUUGUUUACACUGAGCUGAAGAACUUCAAGUCCACCACGGGCCGCACCUUCGCUCUGGUGGACUCGGGGCUCACGGAGCCCCGGGGCCUGGCGAUGGACCACGACCGGGGGGCGCUGUAUGUUGCGGACAGCGGUGCCAAGAAGAUCUUUCGAUUUCAUGUGUAUCAGCAGAACGUCGGGGGCUCUCUGCAGCUCAGCACCGACGGGGUUCAGCUCUGCGUCUCGCAGAACGUGAACUCGAACUGGGUUAGCGUCGAUAUCAAUGGCGACGUGUUCUACACGGACGCGAGCACCAACACAAUCAACAGGAUCCCGGUGGAGGUCAUCGAGAAGCUCACCACGGGGCAGUAUGCGGCCAGCGACUUGAUGCUCCUCUCGGAGAAGACUCUGGAAAGCGGCGGAGGGGCCACCUCGAACGUGGCGCUCUCCCGCUAUGUCUACUCGGUCUACGAAGGAAACGUGAACCCCCACGUGACCACCCCGGGCGGCGUAGUGUCCGAUGGUGCCAGGCUGUACUGGGCCAACACGGUGGACGGCACUACGGCUGGCGUGCUGGUGGAGGGUCAGGUUGACCCGCAGCUGCCCCAAGCCAAGAGCGGCGAGCCUGUGCCUACGGCCUUCCCCUCCCGGGUGCUCAGCAACACGUCCUCUGCAGGCUACGGCGUCACCAAGUCUAGCAAGUACGUCUUCCUCAGCUCUGUGAACGAGGGUGUGGGCGUGGUCUACGGGGUCACCGAGGGGGGCGUCAGCUUCGACUUGGUGGGCGGCCUCUCCACGCCCAGGGGUCUGGUCUGGGACGGGGACCAGACCGUCUUCGUGGCUGACGAGGCGGCCGGCGUGGUCUACGCCUUCCCGGCGGGUCGCUUGAUGUCGGAUGCGCCUCUCACGAAGAGCGCCGUGCUCACAGGCGCCUUCGGCCUUGCGCUGAUGUCUGAGCAGGACAAGGCCUGGCCGAUGCAGCCCUUUCAGAAUUAGCGGAUGGCCAAGGGAGCUCCAGAGAUGGCUUUGGUGACAGCCCUGGACCCC